AUGGCUAACAGCAGCGCUGCGCAUCGAGAGGCGGAAGCGGAGACGCAUCGAGCAAGGCAGGGGAAGUGGCGCCGCGUCAAGCAAGGCAGAGUCGGAAAAUCCGCGUCGAGCAAGGAGGCGAGGGAGGCGGCGGUGCGAGGUCACGUGGACCGUGGAUCUGCGGCAGGGCAUGGAAGCGGCAGAGGCAGCGGGGGUGGCGCGGGGCUGCAUGGAUUUGCGGCGCCGGCGCAUCGCAGUCCCGGCACAACUGCACACAAGGAUGUGAAGGUGGCUUGA